GCCCCGGGCUGAGGCGAGAUCGCGCUUUCGCCUUCCCUCACUCCUUUGCUUGGUUGUAAGCGAAGGUAUCCCUGAGAGAUGUGGGACCAAAUUGGUCGUGUUUGCCCUGAAGAAUUUCAGCCAAACAGCAAGAAUUCCAAACAGAAGUCUGCUGACAGAAGAAAACGUGAUAACUACACCAGCACUCUUAAAGAACUGGCUCAGAUGUUGCCCAUCCCUUUGCGGACUAGCUACAAGAGGCUGACGAAGAAAGAAAUUCUCCUCCGGGUCCUCCACUACAUUGAACAUUUGCAGGCGAGCAUUGAUACUGCCAGAUCACUGCUCCAGGUCCGUUGUGGAGAGCAAAAAGGAGGGUCUGAGCAGAUGGCAACAUCUGCCCUGAAGAGAGGACGAAGAGAAGGCACACCACGAGUAAAGAAUACCAAGCCACUGGGCGUCUGCAAGAAACCUAGGAAGAGGAGACGCACCCACAAAUCAGAGCAGCGAGGGGUGAGCAAGAAAGUGUGCAAGUGCCUUGCUUUGGAGACUGGGAAGGGCCCUUCCCAAGCUGACACCUGCAGGGAGGAGAGCCUGUCUGCUGUGCAAGAUGUGUCCUCAAUUCUUUCAUCCUCCCAGAAGCAAUCCACUUUCUUUCCCAGCUUCCAAGUUCCAGUGGCAGAAUCUUACCAGCCCGCAAGCACAACCUUUCUAGACAUUACCAAAGACUGGAACUUGGGUAGUGACCAAGAGGAAAGCAAGGAAGACGAUGUGUUUUCUGCGUGUGCAGCACAAGUAGCUUACGACGAGCUUCGUCAGUACACUGAAGGGCCUGGACAUUCACUGAUGGGGCAGGAGCUGGUGUAUUAUUAUUCCUCUUGCGAGGAAGAAGAGGAAGAAGGACCCGGAGCCAGCCCUUGGCUCUCAGUCCCAACCCAGUCCCCAGUGAAUAUCACCCAUGCAGGAAGCCUGCAGCUAUGUUCUCCUGGGAUCAGGGCCCAAAGCAACACUUGCUUGGAUUUGGGAUUGAGUCCUUCACUUUUCUCCUCUCCUGCUCGGCUUCUCCCCAGGUAUAUCCUCCAAGGCAGCCAGGAUGAACUUUCCCCAGUGUUAUUCGAAGAUGUGUAUCUGUCCCCUCAGUCUAGUAGUUUUUCUCAGACCCUUUCAGGAACCCUUUUGAGAAAGUCGGCAUUCACACUGGAUCACUGCUACCUUUCCUACAGCGAAACGGGUAAAAGCGAUUCCAGCCCUGUAUCAGGAAUGAAUGAAAGAGCAUCUUCAUGGAACAAACAACUUCUUCAAGAGGAAACUGCCACCAUCAGAUCUGAAUUCCCAGUGUCUUCCAGCGAUGAGAACAGUGACAGCACUUGGACACCACCAUGCAAGAGGGCAAAGCCAUCUCAGGUAGCCUCUCAGAAGAAGAUAAAGAAAGUGGGUAGGAGGCAGAGGCGCCGGCCAGGGGCCUGCGAAAAACGCAGCAGCUCAUCUCCUCUGCAGCUGAAGAAGAAAUGCGUGAAUGGCUUUAUCAUGUUCUGCCGUCUGAACCGCAAGCACUACAUCCGUGCUUGCCCAGGCAUGGCCUCCACAGCUGCUACAAGAGAGUUGGCCCAGCUGUGGCGUAUGAUGACGAAGCAAGAGCGGAAACCGUAUUGCAUGAAAGCUCGGCGAUUCAGCCGCCUGAACAAUCGGAUUGUGAGGGACGACUUCUCCAGUGGGGAGGAGGACCCAGAGCCACCCAAACCUUUCCAUCUGCUGCUUGCUGAGAAGUCUCUCCAUGGAACCCAGAACUUUGGUGACCUCUCUUUAAUAGAGCUUAUUCCCUGACUCUGACACUGUAACGGUAAUGGCAUAUCCAUCCACUGAAAAGAUGGCCCCUUACUCUGGUCUGCUAUUGAUGGUUACAGAGUUUCCCAGUUGAUGGGUUUGCAAUGAAGUGUAAGCCUUCCCCCUUUGCAGCAACUUACCAGGCAUCAAGGGCUCCAUGGACCCCGCUGACUGGGGCAUUGUGGGACAGUAAUGCAGGGGGUGUAGAAAAGAGGGAGGGAGAAAUAGUCCUUUUGUCACCUGUAAAACUUCUACACUCCUCUACUUGCUGCUCUUUUCUGCUGCUUGCAAAUCCUCCUCCACCCCCAACUAGUGUAUUAUCAGUUGAUAUGCCUCUGGCUUCCAGAAGCUGGGUCCUGAGGAGAAGAAAAAACACUGGUAGAUGUGCUCCUUCCAUACAUCUAGUUUCCCAGUAACUGCCACGUGUUUCAUGUUAUACUCCACCAGAGACCCACAGUGACUGUCUCUAUGUUCAAGGCCACCAAAGCUAGCCUCUGGUGAACAUAACAGCUCCCACUGUGGUAGCAACACUGGGAACCAGGGGGAUCCCUGGGCCUGGCUGAUAGGGCCAUGCUGGACCACUUGAAGAUUUGGGUCCUUGGUCUAGGGCAAGGAUGGGAGCCUGUGGGCCCCCUGGUGGUGUUGGACUCUAAUUCCCAUUAGCCCCAGUCCUUAUGGCCAAUGGUUAGCGAUGAUGGGAAUGACAGUCCAAUCGUGGGUCCCCCACCCCUAGUAAAGGAGCACUACCCCAUUUGAAAUGAAUGGGUGUGAUUUUGAAAAGGGGAAGGAACUGCGUGGCUUUUUAAAAAAAAAUACCCCCUUGUUUUUAACCAUGACUUUUCCCAAAAGAAGUUUAGUGUGACCAAAAACUGGAUGUCUGUUUUUCAAAAUCCCAAAUCCAUAUUUAUUGCAAAAGCUUUUAGCUCCUCAUUCCCUUCACCAGAGCUUAGCUCCGAGAGUAGGUUUUAUCAUAUUCCACCCAGCCAGUUUAGUUACUGGUGCUUUAAAUCCGUGGGACAUUCCACGGCAGCAAGAAACGCAGUUUUCAAGUCUAGAUAUGAACUCACUUGCUCCAUGGCAAAUCCUAUGCUUUAUUAUGUAGAAAGUUGCUUCAUAUGUUUCUUUGCUUUUUCCUUGAGCAAAUUAAUGGGCUCAGAGUUUGCUCUAAGUAGCUCUGUGUCCCUACUGACCCCUAUACAUGGGCCCGUACAACAAAGGUCCUGCAGGAGGAAUAUUACUGUAUAUUGUCUGUGGUUCAAAGGGAGUCAGAAAGCUUCAAAUACUAACUUGAUUCUGAGCUGACAAGGGUGAGUGUUGCACACUGAGAAGAUAGGGUGUCAGCAUUGUACUUGCAAAAAGUGGCUCUAUGUAACAUUUCUAAUUGGUUUAUAUCCUGAUUGGGGGGAAACUUCUCAGUCACCCAUCCAUUACCCACCUCUCAAAUUGCCCCU